CUUUUACGAAGAACUUGGUAUGUUCCUUCUACUUUUCUCCUCCUCCUUCUAUUCGAGAUAUAAACAAAUUUUAGCUGUUUUGAGAUUAAUUGGUAACAUGACUUAACUUAUUGACGACUUUACCUUUACCUGGUGCUUCAGUCAUAUUUAUCUAUCUCUGCAUAUGUUGGAUAUUUAUUUUCUGUACCGAUCCUUAUAUUCGUAACACAUGAUUCAUAUAUUAUGAAUUUCAUAAAUGCUAUAAGUCGAAAGAUUAAAGUCAAAUUAUAAACAAACCAGAUUCUAAAUGUAUCAAAGACAGAGCCUUAGAUGAAUUGAAAGUGAAGGCUAUAACUUUUGGUUCCUUGAUACGUCCGAGUAGAAUGAAAAGAAGACAACAAUCUCGUGAAUAACUUUUUUUUCUUUUUUCUUUGGACACUUAUGUAACGUGUGCUUCCCAUGCACAACACAACUUCAUCCUUCUCUCGUGAACGUUAGAUUCCUGAUAGCCAAUUGGUCUCAACAAAGGCUAUAUAAAGUCUUUAAGUUGGAAUCAUAAACAAGAGCAUCCUUCUUCAUUUUGCACAGGUAGAUUGGUAUCAAGAUGGUGAUGAGAAUCGUGGAUCUACGUUCAGACACCGUGACAAGACCCACCGACGCAAUGCGCGAAGCAAUGGCUAGUGCAGAGGUGGACGAUGACGUCCUCGGCUACGACCCGACGGCUCGACGUCUCGAAGAGGAGAUGGCCAAGAUUAUGGGGAAAGAGGCGGCUCUGUUCGUGCCAUCUGGUACGAUGGGGAAUCUGAUUUGCGUUAUGGUCCACUGCGACGUGAGAGGCAGCGAGGUGAUUCUUGGGGACACUUGUCACAUCCACGUGUACGAGAACGGAGGGAUAUCGACAAUAGGUGGAGUGCAUCCCAAGACAAUCAAGAAUGAAGAAGACGGGACAAUGGACUUGGUGGCUAUAGAAGGAGCCAUUAGAGAUCCUAAAGGAAGCACGUUUUAUCCAUCAACAAGGUUGAUUUGUUUGGAGAACACACAUGCCAACUCUGGUGGGAGAUGUUUGAGUGCGGAAUACACAGAUAGAGUUGGAGAGAUUGCUAAGAGACAUGGAUUGAAGCUUCAUAUCGAUGGAGCUCGCAUUUUUAAUGCUUCCGUUGCACUUGGAGUUUCAGUCCAUAGACUUGUAAAGGCUGCUGACUCUGUUUCGGUGUGUCUCUCUAAAGGUCUUGGAGCUCCGAUAGGAUCAGUAAUCGUUGGUUCACAGAGUUUCAUAGAAAAGGCGAAAACAUUAAGGAAAACAUUGGGUGGAGGAAUGAGACAGAUAGGCGUCCUGUGUGCAGCCGCUUUGGUCGCACUCCAAGAGAACCUGCCGAAGCUACAAUCUGACCACAAGAAGACAAAGUUGUUAGCUGAAGGGUUGAACAAAAUGAAAGGGAUUAGAGUGAACGUUGAAGCCAUGGAGACCAACAUGAUAUUCAUGGAUAUGGAGGAUGGAUCAAGACUUACCGCUGAAAAACUCCGCAAGAGUCUAACCGAGCAUGGCAUUCUCGUCAUCCCUGAAAACUCUUCCCGGAUCAGAAUGGUUAUACACCACCAGAUAACAACAAGUGAUGUGCAUUACACAUUAUCUUGCUUGCAACAAGCUGUGCAGACGAUUCAGGAACCAUGCCAAAACUAAAUUGGCAAACCAAAAUGCUCUCUCUUUUUUAAGUAUUGUUUGUAUCAAGUUUUUAAUUAAAAGUUGCAAGGACCGAUCUAUCUCUCAAUGAAAUUGUCACCCUCAUGUCAUCCAUUUUAUUAUUGUAUUUUUGGUUUA